CUGAGAUCCAACCCCACCAAGCCAGUGCCAGCCCGGACAACGACCAUCCCCCACAUCACAGCUGGAGGUAGUAGUUGGUGAACAUCACGACUUACGAGCAGAUAUCAUGUCUCAAUCGUUGCGACCAUACCUUCAAUGCGUCCGAAGCUCCUUGACGGCGGCUCUCUGUCUCUCGAACUUUGCAUCGCAAACCUCAGAACGACACAACGUUCCUGAGAUAGAGGCCCAGACAUCCCCCGAAGUUUUACUGAAUCCUCUCACUGUUGCCCGUAAUGAGAAUGAGCGAGUCUUGAUCGAGCCUAGUAUCAACAGCGUCCGGAUAAGCAUUAAGAUCAAGCAGGCAGAUGAGAUUGAGCAUAUUCUGGUCCAUAAGUUCACAAGAUUCCUGACGCAAAGAGCGGAGGCUUUCUUCAUAUUGCGGAGGAAACCGGUCAAGGGCUAUGACAUUUCAUUCUUGAUUACGAACUUCCAUACCGAGGAGAUGCUGAAGCACAAGUUGGUGGACUUCAUUAUCCAAUUUAUGGAGGAGGUUGACAAGGAGAUUUCGGAGAUGAAGCUUUUCUUGAACGCUCGUGCUAGAUUUGUAGCGGAAUCUUUCUUGACACCUUUCGAUUAAGCGUUCUGGCAGGAAUUGGAGUCUACAUGACGUUGGGUGGCUGUAGGUCUGGCAUUGAAUGGAAGAUCAAAGUGGCGUUUUGGAGGCACAAAAGACCGUGUCAUUUACGAGGCAAAGAUGAUGACGACUUCUACCUGGAUGACAGAAUCAAUCAAGUUUGACUGUUGCCGUAAGAGUUUUCCUAUAUCGCUGAUCUUGCACACCUCCCGGUGACAGAUGGGCUCUUGCCGAUGCACAGCACUGAGCAGUGGAAGAA